AUGCACAAAAGACUGCCGUGGAGUCGAGGCGGCGCGUGUUGCAGGCGAAGAAAACGGGUCACCGGCAGUGGGUGGUGGUGUGGUGUUGAGGCCCGUCGGGUGUCACCUGUGCAUGAGGUGAGUGAGGCGCAUGCGGCAGCAACAGCGGGCGGCAGCAGCAGAGCAGCAAGCUCUCUCACUCUCGCCUAG